AUGAUUGAAGCGAUAUUCCGCAGUGAUCUUAUCAAACUCUCCCAGGGCAGUGAUGCUAAAAUACUUUCGAUUGGCCUUGGAGGUGGUACGGUUAAUGGCUUUUUGCACCAUGUCUUCCCAAAGAUGAAUAUAACCGUAGUGGAAGUCAGCCGUCAGAUGGUGAAUAUGGCUAGAAAAUGGUUUGGUUUGAUAGAAGAUGAUCAUCAUCGUGUUGUAACCGCCGAUGGCGUUGCGUUCUUAGCGAAGGAGGCCGCGUUAGGGGCUGUAUACGACGCAAUCUUACUUGACGCAUGUCUCUCGGAGCAGUCGGAAGGAGUUAUUUGCCCAUUUAAGACAUUCCUCAAUGACGAUGUUUUGGAAAAUAUUGCUAGACUUCUU